CAGUUCUCACUUUUAAAUGGCAUCAGAAGCAAGUAUUACAGAUUCAUUUGGAUCUCUAAUCGAUUACUUUACACCUGCAAAGAAAAGGGCAACACUUGGUCAACCUCAUCAAAGUAGAAAGCAGAUCAGAAGUCAGUUGAAGAGGCGGCUGUAUAGUUCAUUAUUUACAUACUUAAAGAAUAAAGAAAGGCAUGUCAAACAGAAAGAUUACAAUAAGGUGGAGGUGGUUAAAUCAGAGUAUAUCUGGUUGAUACACUCAUUGAGGAAGAGGCGCAGAUUUGAUGAGGCUAACAGACUGGAUACCUUCCUCACUAAAUUAUGUGACACAGAACAUAAUGAUGACAUUUUCUCAAUUUUACAAGUGUUGAUGAAGUUAAAAGACACAGGUACUCCACAGAAACAACUGGCUAUAGGACAUGAGGAAUUAAAGCUACCAAUUCAACCAGAAAGGGGAUAUGAACCACUGUUACCAGAUGGUCCGCUAUGUUAUGGAGAUACCCAGAUGAUACAGCCUCAUAGAUUGCACUAUAUGCAUUAUCCUAGGUCAGUGUUUGAAGGCCAACCUCUAGAGAUUGUCAGUCCUGUCAGUAAUCUUUGUGAGCAGCUUCCAGGCAGUGGUCUAUCAGGGAAUGGGUUCUUCAGUGUUGGAGGUUGUUUAGAUGAUCUACAUGAGCAGAUAACUACAGCAACAUUGUUUGGAGGUUUAGUUCAAGGCAGAGUUAACUCCCUUGAUGUGAAAUUAGAUUUACCAGAGUUACCUGAAGACCUUGACAGUCAUUUACUAGAGACGAGAAUUCCCAAGUCAAUUUCAUCAUACAGUAAUGAUUUGGUUGACGAAGGAUUCAAAUCACAGGAGGAGAGUUUAACCAGCUCAACAACAGGUGAUGAGGGAGGGGAUGAUGUAUCAUUUGAUUCGGUGUACCAGUCAGAUUAUGAUACCAGUAUAUAUGAGACAUGUCUUACAGAAACAAUAUCACAAUACUAUACCUGGGAAACUGUUGGACUUGGACCAGGUCCUAGAACAAAGCCAUAUUUAACAGAAGCAGGCCCUGAAGCCUUUGACCACCUAAAUAAGACGAUACUGAAAAAUUUAGCGACUGCCUUCCCGUCUGUCCGUGUGUGUCCACGGGAAGAGAUAAGCCAGGAUGAACUUGUGAAGGAGAUUUUAAAUGUAAUGAUUGCAGUACCGUCUGUAAACUUCAUAUUAGAUAUUACAGACCAGUGUUUUACUAUGCGGGAAGGCCUGUAUGUUACUGGAAUAUCUGCUGAGGCAUUACAGAAUCUACUUGAUGAUUUCCUCACAUGUGGCAUGUACUUCUACAGACUUGGACUUUUUUCUUCUUCACCUGUCAUCAACUCUUUUUACAGUGCUGGACUGACAUUCCAUGCUUUCACAGGAGCUGUACAUUCAGUGUUACAUUAUUACAGUGGGGUAAUAUUGUCAAUAGGUGAAGGUAAAACUCUUCUACAACUGAGAGUAGCCUAUCAUAAAUUGUUACAGGAAAUCAGGUUCUUGGCAUGUUUAUGUGGUUGUGAUAAUCCGGUAACUGAGGAGACAAAAUCCAAAUUCCUUACUGGAAUACCUUUACUGAGCUACCUGUAUAGCGAGACAGUAGAAGCUUCAUUUACAGACCACUACCCUCUCAUGUUGUCUUUAUUGAAACAAACCUGUACACCAUACCUGUUGUAUAUACAGGAUUGGGUGUAUCAUGGUUUAUUCCGAGAUAACUAUGGCGAGUUUAUGGUGCAAGUGAAUGAUGACUUUCUACAGUUUAAAGAUAAGAGAUAUUGGACACAGGGCUAUUCACUGGGUACUGGCAGGGUUGAAGAGAGUGUUCCGUUGUUCCUUAAAGAGCUGGCAAAUGACAUCUUCCUGUGUGGAAAGUCCAUCAACCUCCUCAAAGCUUGUAAAAGAGAUCAUUUUCUGUGCAAUGUUGAUGACAAUGAUAUUCCAAAGAUAACUCUUACUUUCUCUGAGAGAGAGUUACGUACCUUGACUGAUCAAUGUAUUAUAUAUGCUAACCGGAUGAAACAGAUCUCCAGACAGCUUACGAUAUCAAGACAAGAAAUGAAAGAGAGAGCUAAAAGAGCCAAAGAUCAGUUACUGGUUCUUGCUAGACAAACACAGGCAGCUGAAGUGAAACGUAUUGAAGAUAAUAUUAAAGAGAGGAGAAAGGCAGUGGCUGCAAAGAAGAAAAAAGAGUUAACUUUCCUGAAAAACCAGAUGGAAAAUGACCUUAAACGUCGGGCAGAAAAGAAGGUGACAGCGUUAAAGGAAGAUAAGGAUUAUAUGGACAGUGUAACAAACAGAGAAAAUAUGAUGGAUGAGGAGGAACUAGAACUAGAGAGACAAGCUAGGGAGGAAGUAAUAGAGUACUACAGUAAGUUGAGUGCCGAGGCCUCAAAGAGAGAACAGAAAGCUUUAUGGCGUAUACGACGAGCCAAACUCGAUAUUAAAAGGACAGAAUAUCUUCUACAAGAAGAGAGAAAUCUUGCUGUGGAAUUGGAGAAAAUGAAAUCAGAUCCGUCUGGGAUGGAAACAAGUCAUACGCUGACAGUUCGCCCUGCUAGCCCUACAUUGCCAAGAUGGGCAAGAAAAGGCCUUCAUGGACCUACAAUUGAGGUGAUUGAUGACGGAGAACAAGAUGAUGGGGAACCUAAACUGGAAGGGGAAGACAAAAAUCUCCCUAAAUGGGCUCAGAAAGGAUUGGAAAAGUAUGGUAUUAAGUUGAAGAGUCCAAGCCUGCCUAAAAAGAGUCCAUCCCCAAAGAAAUCUCCGAUGCAACCUAUGACCCCACGUGGAGGAAGAAGUACACCGGCACGGAGAAGUUUGAACUCGUCAUUUCAUGUCAAUGAUGAGACGGAGGAGGUGGUCUCUAAACCCAGUAUUCAGACAUUUGAGAAUAGACAUGCUACUAAAGAAUCGGAGCUAGAGGAGGAAGAAGUUGCCAAACCACAUGUCAAAAUGGUAGGCGACCAUCAUGCUUCCAAAGAAACUGUUGAUGAGAAGAUCCAUCCUCACAUUAAAACUGUCUCAGAUAAACACAUUUCCCAACAAAGUAAACCAGAAGCUGAAUCUCGACCACACAUCCGGUCUUACGAUGACCGACAUGCCAACAAACUUUCAGAUGAACCAGAUUAUGAUGGCUUACCUAAGCUUAAACUUGGCGUAAUGCAGUCAUCGACUGAAUCCAAGCCUAUGGAAUGGAAAAUUAAGAAACAGAAUGUAUUCGGUCAUGUGUCUGAGAUCAGUAACUCGUAUGAUUUUAAUGUUCCAAGACUGAAAAAAUCUGCUGUAAUGUCAGCUCAUAGAGAAUCAGACUGGUCUACUGAUUUUGCAAUAAAACCAAGAAUUAGAAUCAACAGGAAACAAACUGCAAAUACACAGUCUGAGGAAGAACAGACUCACAGAGUGGGGACAAAAAUGAGCAACACUAUGUCUGCCACAAAAGAGUCAGAAUAUAUAGAUUAUGAACAGAAACGAGUACAAAUGUUUAAGGAGAGAAAUCUGUAUGGUCAUGCCACAAACUCAAGUGUUGAACGACUUUUGUAUGAUGGACAGUUUGGCAAUAAGGCAAAAGACACUGAUCUAGAGGUUUCAGAACUUCGAAUUAUUCCAAAGUUAGAAGAGAUAGAAUGGUUGACUAGUGAAGUUGAAAAAUACCAGGAUGACUUUGAUAUUCUUAACAAGCCUCCAAGAGUAGAUUUGUUAUCCAGUCUGUCUGGUAUACAAUAUGGAAGCAUUGGUAAUUAUGAGGGUUACCAUGGUGAUAUUGAAGGUUACCAGUAUCUACCACUGAAAACUGUCAUUAAAUCAUCUAUAACAUCAGCUUUGGAGACACAAGUAUGUUUGGUGAAUGAGAAUUUGGUGAAAUAUUUCUUCGGUGAACUUGAGAUAGAAGAUCAUUUUAUGGCACUAAGAAGAUACCUAUGUAUGGGGGAUGGUGAUUUUUCUGAAAUACUGUGUGAUCUGUUGAUGGAAAAGUUGGGAACAAAUCCACGCCCUCAAGAUCUUGUCAAUCCGAUGUUCCUAAAUAACUGUCUCAAUAAAGCCGUCCGUCUGUCUGUAAAUGCCGAUGAUAAGUAUGCAGAUAAUGUGAGUUUUAUGCACAAGUAUCUACCUCGAACCCUCGAACAUACAUCCCCUGAUCUGUUUGACUGUAUACAAUUACAUUAUGAGGUGAAAUGGCCGUUAAACAUUGUGAUUACAGAAAACAGUUUACACAAGUAUGCCCAGGUGUUCUCCUUUAUGUUACAACUAAAAAGAGUAGUCUGGGUACUUAAAGAUAUAUGGAACAAACUUAAAAGAGAUGCAAUUGUUCACAAGCUGGACCGGUUAUUUGAGUUCCGGGAAAUACAUUUGUUUCGUCAGGAGAUGCAGCUGUUUGUGAAAGUUAUGCAAGAGUAUAUAUCGCAUCAGAUAGUGGACGUCACAUGGCAGGAAUUCCAGACGGCGCUAGCCAAACAUGUACACAAUGUCGAUGAUCUUCACCAGGAACAUAACAAAUACCUCGAUAAUGCUCUCUUUAGGUGUCUCCUGACAAAGAAUGCUUCUUCAUUGAUGAAGAUAAUUCAAGAUAUAUUCCGCCUGAUUCUGAAGUUUCACAGACAGUUGUUGUUGGGAACAUGGAACACAAACAAAGAUGGUCACAAAACUCACAGUCAACAGUCACGAAUGAAACAUACAUAUAAAGUCUUCCAUGAACAUUCAACAUUCCUGUUCAAAAUUGUGAGUAAGCUUGCAGACCGAGGGUACGAGCCUCAUCUUCAUGACUUGCUGUUGAGGCUUAACUUCAACCAUUACUAUGACAAAUAAAGUCUCAGAACCACCAAUAAUGAUAAUGAUCAUCCAGUACCAGGAUUAGUUCAUUCCAAGACACUUUAGAUAUGUCUGAUCUGACAGUGUAGUGGUGAGAUACUUCAGUGCCAAUGAUGUUGUGAUAAACCUGUGAUAUUAGUGUCUAUUAUAAUAUAUAUGCAUGUAUAUAUAUUUCCCUAUACUUUCUGCCUGUAUCACAUACACAAAUAUGACUAGACAGAAAAAUGUCCUUAUAAAAAUGUGAUCUAGAUUGACAUUGCUGAUGUUAUAUUUUGAAUAGUUUAGAUUCAAGUAUACUUAAAUAUAAUAAAAGUGUCAUUGUAAAAGUAU